CUCCCUAAACCUCUAUCCACGGGAGACGGGAAAAACAUUUUUCCCCUGGUCUCCGACGGGUUAGGGUACAAAGUCUCUUUCUCCCGCUCUUCCGCUCUUCCGCUCUUCAUCUCUUCUGCCGAUGCCUCUAUUUCUCUGACGGAUUGAGAUAACAG